CGGAACUUUCACGAGCCACCUCUUUUCUCCCGCCUCACACGUUUCCUCGACAUCGUCUAAUCCAACGCUCUCAAUUGCUCUCUUUGACUUUGUUUUAAAAAUUAAAGCGAACUUUCAUUUACUCACCCGCACUAUAUAAUUUCUAUAUAAAGAAAGCAGAGAUUGUUUUUCAUUUUUUCUCUUUUCUUUUUCAUCGUUUGGGUCUUAAACACAAACUGUCAGAUACUUUCUUCUUUUAACAAUUUUUUUCCAGCCAAGGCAAAGCGUAUUCCUCGUGAGCCUCUCCACUCCUUUCCUUUCGGUCUUUUUUUUUAAUAAUAAUAAUACUCUACAACGCACCCCACCUCCAAAUCUACACCUUCACCGCUUUUGGUAGAACCGGAGGGAUGGCGUCAGAUGGGGCGACUUUGACGCCGGUGCCAAGGAGGAAGCCGUCGUGGAGGGAGAGAGAGAAUAACAGGAGGAGAGAGAGGAGAAGAAGAGCUAUUGCUGCUAAGAUAUAUACCGGCGUUAGAGCUCAAGGAAAUUAUAAUUUGCCCAAGCACUGUGAUAACAAUGAGGUUCUGAAAGCUCUUUGUGCCGAAGCUGGUUGGGUCGUUGAAGAAGAUGGCACCACUUAUCGGAAGGGAUCUAAGUCACCUACAAUUGAUAUACCAGGCAGUUCAGCUAAAAUUACACCAUUUUCUUCGCAAAAUCCGAGUCCAUUAUCUUCUGCAUUUCCAAGCCCAAUUCCUUCCCGUCAAGUCAGUCCUUCCUCAUCUUCCUUCCAUAGUCCCACUAGGCUUGAUGCUAAUAACCCGUCUAAUCUCCUUCCGUUCCUUAGAAGCGCCAUUCCUUCAUCCCUGCCUCCUCUCAGAAUCUCAAACAGUGCCCCUGUGACACCACCACUUUCAUCUCCAACCUCAAGGAACCCUAAGCCAAUUCCCAACUGGGAGGCCAUUGCAGAAGAGUCUAUGGCCUCUUUUUACUACCCUUUUUAUGCGGUAUCUGCUCCAGCUAGUCCAACUCACCGUCAUUUUCAUGCUCCCGCUACCAUACAUGAAUGCGAUGAGUCUGAUACGUCCACAGUUGAAUCUGGUCAAUUGAUAAUCCUUCAAAAGUUUGCACCUUCUCCAUCUCAAGUGCCAACUUCUCCAACAUUUAAUCUCGUGAAACCCUUGGCUCCACAAAGUUUGCCCGAUGAUUUGAUCGAAGAAAAAGGGCGGGGUUCAGAGUUUCAGUUUGAGAGUGUACAGGUGAAGCCGUGGGAAGGAGAGAGGAUUCAUGAAGUAGGAUUAGAUGAUCUUGAGCUCACGCUUGGAAGUGGGAAGGCUCGGUGUUAAACUAAGUGAGGCUAACAGAUUAAGAGUAGCAUGUUAUUGUGAAUGUAUGCUAAAACAGAAGAAAAAGAUGUUUUGCCCUUCCUGGUUCUCACAGUCAGAUAUCGAAGAGCAUUCUCAGUUCUGUCGUUUCAUCUACUCAGUGAAAACAAAGGUGGGAAGAGUUACGUUUUAAUCUGCAAUUGUUCGUUUCUUUUUUCUUUUUCAGUCGAUGCUCACAUUCCCUG